AUGUCGAUACAAGUAGCGACCGCCGAGGGUGCUGAUCUCCUCUGGGGGAAUCAAAAGUGGGUUUCCACGAAUCCAAGUCGUGCUCCUAGCCAUAGUACUGAUGAUCAAGAGAAAUUAUCCGAGAAAACUACUACCCCGAUUCUGCCAAUGACCAACACAGAAACCAAAAAAGGUACCGCCGCCACCAUCGGCAAGAAGCGAGAGAGGGGAGAGGCGAAGAAAACCGGCAAAGGAAAGGGACCCAAAUGCAAAGAAGGAAAACCCAUCUGCGAAUCAGACCAUGGGGUGCACAUUUGGACAGAGCGGGAAAGGAGGAAGAAGAUGAGGAACAUGUUCGCCAACCUUCAUUCCUUGCUCCCUCAACUUCCCCCUAAGGCUGACAAAUCCAGCAUAGUGGACGAAGCAGUGAGCUACAUCAAAACCUUACAGCAAACCCUUCACAAGCUUCAGCGACAGAAGCUGCAAAAGCUCCAACAGCCGCCGGCAACCACGGCUGGCGACGACGACAUGAUGAUGAUGAUGUGUGACAACAAUGUUAGUGCCGCUAAUUGUUGUGGCAAUAAUGCAGCCGCGGUGUUCCAUACUUGGACCUCCACCAACCUUGUCCUUAACAUCUGCGGCGACGAGGCACAGUUCAACAUCUGCUCCCCGCCGCCGCCAGCCGCCAGCGGCACCAUCUUCACCGCCGCCUGCUAUGUGCUGGAGAAGCAUGGCAUCGAGGUUCUCUCGGCUCAUGUCUCUUCCAAUUCUGAUCGGCGGCUGCUCAUGAUUCAAGCGCGUCAUAAUCGUUCUGAGAAUAAUGGAGGUGGCCGUGACCAUGUUUUGGGAGCAGAUGAUCAGGAAAAUGUUGUUGCAGAGAUAUUCAAACAGGCAGCAGCUGAGAUGCUUACUUACCUCUGUUCUUCACCCAAUUAG